AUGUUUACACAACCAGUUGCAUCGCCACCGACCGAGUCACCAUCAUCGUCAACUUCCUCCGCCAACAAGGCUUCCACCACGCCCUCUUCGCCCGCCGUCGAGCGCCCGCCAGUGGAUGCGCUCCCCUCUAUUCUCGACGACGUCAUUGCCAGCGGCAGCACCAGCAGCCAUAUAAGGCAGCAAUCUGACCAGCAGCCGCAGUCAACCAACGACGCUGAAGCCGCGAACAUGACGAGAGCACGCGCCUCUACCACGGGCGACGCCCCUGUCGCCGCCUCCCCCGCGCCCGAAAAUCUACCUUCAAUCCGAUUUUCUGCCUACUAUGACCCCCGCGCGACACGUCCAAGCCUGACCUUCCCUCCAGUCUCGAGGACGUUGCCCUCGAACGGCGAUAUCAUUAGGGUCGGCCGCUACUCGGAGCGAGAUAACCAGCCCAGCAUCCCCAACAACACCCCUUCGGCCGCGCCCGUGGGUUUCAAGAGCAAAGUUGUCAGUCGCCGUCAUUGCGAAUUUUGGUAUGACGAAGGUAAAUGGUACAUCAAGGAUGUCAAGAGCUCGUCCGGCACCUUCCUCAACCACAUUCGACUCAGCCCGCCAGGAACGGAAUCCAAGCCAUUUCCCGUCAACGACGGCGACAUUGUGCAACUCGGCAUAGACUUUAAAGGCGGCGAGGAAAUGAUCUUCCGCUGCGUCAAAAUGAGACUGGAGCUGAACAGAGGCUGGCAGAACAAGUUGAACACGUUCAACAUGGCGACGCACAAGCGCUUGCGGAACAUGACCGCAGCAAACUCGGCGAAUUCCUCGACGCAGGACUGCUCAAUUUGUCUCAACUCUAUCGCGCCGUGCCAGUGCUUGUUCGUGGCGCCUUGCUCGCAUACCUGGCAUUUCAAGUGUAUCCGGUCUCUACUGAAUUCUCCCCAAUACCCCAUCUUUGUCUGUCCAAACUGCCGCAUGGCCGCCGACCUCGAAGCGGAUAUUGAGGAUCCUGAGGAGGAUUGGGAGCAGAUGGAAGAAGAUGAGGAGCCCGAACAAAAACAACAGAAGCAGGAGGAAAAGGAGGCUGCUGCGGCUGUCCCGACCGCGCCCUUGGCAGCUCCUGCAGCCGUGGUCAGCUCAAGACCUCAGCUCCCUGAAAUCGGCACUGAUGAUGAUGCCAUGGACGACUUCACAGUGGCCUUGGACCGCGCCAGAACUGUCGCCGAAGCUCCAGAAGCGGCGCCAAGGACUGUCGCACCCCAUACAUCCAUCCCACCUGUUCCGAUCCCAGCAGUCGGCCUAGCCCAGACAACUGCACCGCGAAGCGGUCGAGAUACCCGCACUCCUUCGCCCAUUGGUAACCACUUGGUCAACGCUACUGAAGGUCCUAUUACCCCGCGUAACGAUGCUGGGCCAUGGGUCUUUGACGGUAGUGCAGGGCGUCGUGCUGCCGAGGCGUCCAGCGGAAUGCGAAGCCUUGAUGCUGCCGCCGAGAUGGAAGUUGACCGGUAG